AUGCAACGUGGACACGGUCUAGGGAGCCUGGUCAAGGGUCUUUUUCGUGCAGCUACUCCUUUAUUGAAGAAAGGGGCCUUUGCAUUGGGAAAGGAAGCCAUGUCGACGGGUGUCAAUAUUAUGCAAGACACCCUCAGCGGUCAAUCAUUGAAAUCUGCGGCUAAGAGAAAUGUCAAGAGAGCUGGAAAACGUUUGGCGGAAUAUCACCCCGUCAGUAAUAUAACCGAUACAGGACCUAUUGAAAUCAACGUCGCUGGAAUGGCCGAAGAGUAUGUCGAUCUUUCGCAAACCAUGCUACAAGUUUCUGUCAGAGUAUUGAAAGCAGACAAUACGCCUAUCACCGCCGAUGACCCCGUAGCACCCGUGAAUCUCUUCCUCCCUUCACUUUUUAGUCAGGUGGAUGUCAUGUUGAAUGAAAAACUGGUAUCACAACCCUCCAAUACAUACCCUUAUAGGGCAUUAAUGGAGACGUUACUACACUACAGCAAGGAGACAAAAGACUCACAGCUUACGCAACAGCUGUAUUACAAGGAUGAAGCGGGGAAAAUGGAGGUGGUAAAUCCUUUAUUGCAAGGAGAGCACGGGAAUCAAGGACUCGCAAAAAGACACGGAUUCAUCGCUGAGAGCAGACUUCUUUCUAUGCUGGGACCCAUCUACGCAGAUGUGUUCUUUCAAGAAAGAUUAUUAUUACCGGGGGUUGAUUUGAAACUCAAGUUGAAUCGUAGUAAAGACGCAUUUUGUCUUCUUUCUUCAAAAGCGAACGCGGACUACAAAGUAAAGAUCGAAUCUGCUGCCCUCUUCGUUCGCAGAGUCAAGACGAGCCCUUCCAUCAUGAUUACCCAUGCCAAGGCCUUGGAGAAAACAACUGCCAAAUAUCCACUCAACAAAGUGGAUGUACGCUCUUUCUCAAUUCCUACUGGAAACAUGUCCAUCAACCGAGACAACCUAUUUUUAGGACAACUACCGAACCGUAUCGUCAUCGGGUUAACUGACAACGACGCCUACAACGGUAGUUAUGCCAAAAACCCCUACAACUUUAAACAUCUGAAUAUCAACUAUAUAUCAGUGACGAUCGACGGAGAAAUGGUUCCCAUGCGCCCUUUACGGCCCUGCUUUGAAGAGGGAGCGGGUCAGCACUAUAUACACGCUUACAAUUCCUUAUUCAUGGGUACAAAUCGUCUUUUCGCGGACAAAGGCCUGGAUAUAAAUAGAGAGGAAUAUCUUAAAUGGUUCACUUUAUUCGCUUUUGACCUUACCCCGGAUGUGUCAGACGGAUGUCAUUUAAAUCUGAUUAAAAGUGGUAAUUUACGUCUUGAACUACAAUUUGACAGACCCCUCCCCAACACGGUCAAUUGCCUCGUAUUUUCAGAAUCCCAAGGACUGAUCCAGAUCGAUAGAAGCCGCAAUCUCAUUUAUGAUUAUCAGGGUUGA